CCAGCGUCGACUGCCGGGCGGGCGGCGCGRGCCCUCCCACUCUUCGCCGCGCCGCCUCACGGCCCCGGCCCUCGCUUCACCCCGACGCCCCUGCGUGCGCCUCCUGCCGCCGGCCUGCAGGCCCGGGGCCUCCGCCUGCUUCCCCGCCGCUGCUCCUCGCGGCGCUGCUCGCGUUCACGCUGUCGCCCGGCCCGGCGCGGCCGCGGGCAACCGCUCCCCCUCCCGCACCUACCCCGCCCCCUCCCCGCCUUUUCCGCCCUCCAGUCCCCCUCCCUCGGCCCGCUGCCGCUGCUCCAGAUGAGGUGAUGGCAACGGCCAACUUCGGCAAGAUCCAAAUCGGGAUUUACGUGGAGAUCAAGCGGAGCGAUGGCCGAAUACACCAAGCAAUGGUAACAUCUUUAAAUGAAGAUAAUGAAAGUGUAACUGUUGAAUGGAUAGAAAAUGGUGACACAAAAGGCAAAGAGAUUGAUCUGGAGAGCAUCUUUUCACUUAACCCUGACCUUGUACCUGAUGAAGAAAUUGAACCCAGUCCAGAAAUACCUCCACCUUCAACAUCUUCAGCCAAAGUAAACAAAAUUGUGAAGAAUCGAAGAACUGUGGCAUCUAUUAAGAAUGACCCUCCUCCAAGAGAUAAUAGAGUGGUUGGUUCUGCACGUGCACGGCCUAGUCAGCUUCCUGAACAGUCUUCCUCUGCACAACAGAAUGGUAGUAUUUCAGAUAUAUCUCCAGUUCAAGCUGCAAAAAAGGAAUUUGGACCUCCUUCACGUAGAAAAUCUAAUUGUGUGAAAGAAGUGGAAAAACUACAAGAAAAACGAGAAAAAAGGAGAUUGCAACAGCAAGAACUCAGAGAAAAAAGAGCUCAGGAUGUUGAUGCUACAAAUCCAAAUUAUGAAAUUAUGUGUAUGAUCAGAGACUUUAGAGGAAGUUUGGAUUAUAGACCACUAACAACAGCAGAUCCUAUUGAUGAACAUAGAAUAUGUGUUUGUGUAAGAAAACGACCACUCAAUAAAAAAGAAACUCAAAUGAAAGAUCUUGAUGUAAUCACAAUCCCCAGUAAAGAUGUUGUGAUGGUACAUGAACCUAAACAAAAAGUAGAUUUAACAAGGUACCUAGAAAACCAAACAUUUCGUUUUGAUUAUGCCUUUGAUGACUCAGCUCCUAAUGAAAUGGUUUACAGGUUUACUGCUAGACCACUAGUAGAAACUAUAUUUGAAAGGGGAAUGGCUACAUGCUUUGCUUAUGGGCAGACUGGAAGUGGAAAAACUCAUACUAUGGGUGGUGACUUUUCAGGAAAGAACCAAGAUUGUUCUAAAGGAAUUUAUGCAUUAGCAGCUCGAGAUGUCUUUUUAAUGCUAAAGAAGCCAAACUAUAAGAAACUAGAACUUCAAGUAUAUGCAACCUUUUUUGAAAUUUAUAGUGGAAAGGUAUUUGACUUGCUAAAUAGGAAAACAAAAUUAAGAGUUCUAGAAGAUGGAAAACAGCAAGUUCAAGUGGUGGGCCUACAGGAACGGGAGGUUAAAUGUGUUGAAGAUGUACUGAAACUCAUUGAUAUAGGCAACAGUUGCAGAACAUCUGGUCAAACAUCUGCAAAUGCACAUUCAUCUCGGAGCCAUGCAGUGUUUCAGAUUAUACUUCGAAGAAAAGGAAAACUACAUGGCAAGUUUUCUCUCAUCGAUUUGGCUGGAAAUGAAAGAGGAGCUGAUACUUCCAGUGCAGACAGGCAAACUAGGCUUGAAGGUGCUGAAAUUAAUAAAAGCCUUUUAGCACUCAAGGAGUGCAUCAGAGCCUUAGGUAGAAACAAACCUCAUACUCCUUUCCGAGCAAGUAAACUCACUCAGGUGUUAAGAGAUUCAUUCAUAGGUGAAAACUCUCGUACCUGCAUGAUUGCCACGAUAUCUCCAGGAAUGGCAUCCUGUGAAAAUACUCUUAAUACAUUAAGAUAUGCAAAUAGGGUGAAAGAACUGACUGUUGAUCCAACUGCGGCUGGUGAUGUCCGUCCAAUAAUGCACCAUCCACCAAACCAAAUUGAUGACUUAGAGACACAGUGGGGUGUGGGAAGUUCCCCUCAGAGAGAUGAUCUAAAACUUCUUUGUGAACAAAAUGAAGAAGAGGUUUCUCCACAAUUGUUUACUUUCCAUGAAGCUGUCUCACAAAUGGUAGAAAUGGAAGAACAGGUUGUAGAAGAUCACAGGGCAGUGUUCCAGGAAUCUAUUCGAUGGUUAGAAGAUGAAAAGGCUCUCCUAGAGAUGACUGAAGAAGUAGACUAUGAUGUAGAUUCAUAUGCUACACAACUUGAAGCGAUACUUGAGCAAAAAAUAGACAUUUUAACUGAGCUGCGGGAUAAAGUGAAAUCUUUCCGAGCAGCUCUACAAGAAGAAGAACAAGCCAGCAAGCAAAUUAACCCCAAGAGACCCCGUGCCCUUUAAAUUGGUAUUCGCUGCUGAAGGAUCCCCAGAACCCUCACUACUUACUGUAACAUAAAAUGGUUCAGCUGUAAGGGCCAUUCRAAAGUUUGAAAUUUUAAGUGUCUGUGGAAAAUGUCUUGUCCUUCACCCGAAUGACAUUUCAAUUUUGUGAAACACUCAAAAGUCUACAAAAUGCUUCUAGUCCAAGAGGCACAACGAAGAGUUGGAAUUAGUGAAGCAUUUUGUUUCAUUUACCCAAAUAGCGAUUUACUUUUGGAGAUCCUUGCCAAUUUUAUUUUCUAUGUGAUGAAGUAAGAUUGUGGACUUGAUCCAGAGGUGAAUUGUAGGGAGAAGCCACAGCAUUUCCUGUUAACUCAGUUCAAUUUUCAUAGCGAGAUUGAGCAGUUUUAAAUCCUUUGCGUGCAUGCAUACCUCAUCAGUGAUUGUACAUACCUUACCUACUUUUAGAGAGCUGUGCUCACCUUUUCCUGCUCUGUGCCUUGAUUAAGGCUAUCGACCCUAAAUUUCUUAAGCACAGCCAUGAUAAAUUACAUUCCUUAUUUGUCAUUGUAAAUUACCUUUAUUGUGUGUACAUUUCUACUGUGUUUGAGACAUUUUUUUGUGUGACUAGUUAAUUUUGCAGGAUGUGCCAUAUCAUUGAACGGAACUAAAGUCUGUGACAGUGGACAUAGCUGCUGGACCAUUCCAUCCUAUAUGUAAAGAAAUCUGGAAUUAUGACUUUAAAACCAUAACGUGAUUUUAAUUUUCUUAGCAUUUUCUUUGUAAAAAAAAAAAAAACUAAAAUAUAAACUAGUUGGUGUAUAAUAAAAAGUAAUGAAAUUCUGAGAAGAGUUUUAUCUUAGGAUGAUAAAUAUAUAUGCAGUGUGUGUGCCAGUGUGGUAUUAACAAGAGUAAUAGUGCAAUUUGUUCAUUUCCAGUACCAUUUCUUAAGUUGAAGUGUUCAUUAGCACCCCAAAAUAUGCCUUUAAAUGUACUGUUAAAGGAAAUUGGCUUCUGAUGCAUGAAAGUAGUUCAUAAUAGUAGUUAGUUUAAGCCAAGUGUAGACAGUAACUCCCUUGAAAAAGAAUUAAGCUGAGAGAGUUGACAUUGCCUUAAAAGGCAGAUCUAACCGAAGUUCCAACCUGUACUUAAUAUGUGAUGUUUCACCAUUAUUUGGUAGGAAUAGUGAAAUUCUCACCAACAGAUUGGUGGUAAGGUAUGCUACUCUUUAAAUGGCAGCAGUUACUUUUGCAGAUUGGUACUCAAGAAAACUGGCCUUUUUUUCCAUGUAAAUAAUUUGUCAGAAAUUUCUCUCUCGGAGUUUUCCCUGUGUUCCCAGGAUAGAGUCCAGGAGUAGAUGAAUAACAAAAUCUAUGAAGGACCAUCUUAUUUUGAUUUACUCUAGGGAACAAGUAGCUCAUCCAUGAGCCAAAGGGAAGCUAUGACAGAGAGUCAUGAGCCAGAUUCUCUACUUCACCGUCUAUAAUACUCUCAGAGGGUAGCUGUGAGAAAUUCUAAUACCAUGGUGAAAAGCUCUGUAAACAUGAAAUCUAAAACAAAUGUAGAUUUUUUCAUAAUAUGCCUAUUAAUAAAUGAAAUCUAUGGUAU